UAUCAUCAUCAUCAGCAUCAGCAUUAAUGUCAUCAUCAUCACAUUAUUCCGAAUUUGAUCAAUAUCGAGGCGAUUUAGACCAUAGACAAGUUGCUGAAGUUGAACGAUUAACUCGUCAAUAUCCGGAAAAUGAAAGAUUAAUAUCAAGUAUACCAAGUAGAUUUUAUGAAGUUACAUUUCCAGUACAGAUACGAAAACAUGAAAAAAUGGGCAUUUCAACAAGAGAUUUAUUAGCAAAUAAGACUGGUCAAGUUGAUCGCCAUUAUCAACAUACAUCAUUUACAAUCAAAGCCUUUAAUUACAAGUUUCGCCUUGAUCUGGAGCUCAAUUUAUUUUUAUUAGCACCAAAUUUAGUACAAAAACAUUUACUACCUGAAGGUGCACAACAUAUCUCCACACAGGAAUAUGAAAACUGUUAUUAUCAUGGAACAAUCAGGGAUUAUCCUGGUGCAUUGGCAGCAUUCAGUACUUGCCAUGGGAUUAGCGGCGUGAUACAUUUACAAAAUGAAACAUUUGUUAUACAUCCAUUCUUUGGUGGUGAUCUAUCGCAUCGUCAUCCACAUGUAAUAUAUCGUUAUUUUAGUCCAGAUUCAUUACGUUCAACAAAACAUACAUGUGGUAAUACACGUAUGCAUGAAUGGGGUUUCAAACAAUAUCGUAAACGUCCAAUACAUUCGGUUGCAGCGGCUGCUGCACAACGACAACUACAACAACAACAUAAUAAUGUUGAUGAUAUAAAUCAUAUGGCAACGAAAUUAUUUCAUGAAUUAAAAUCAACAACAAUGAUAACAAACAUUGUUUCAACACCAUCAUCAACAAAUGAUCAAAAUAAUGAUGAUAAUGAUGAUGAUGGUAAAAAGUUUCAAAGAUCACAUGUCAACAACAAUAAUAAAGGAAAUAGAAAACGUGAUGUACGUGCUGUGGAUAAAUUUAUUGAAUUAGCCAUCGUUUUAGAUCAAGGAAUGUUUAUAUCACGUAAUAAUAGCCGUAUGGAUGUAAUCAAUGAUGCAUUACAAAUAAUCAACUGUGUUGAUGUUUAUUUUCGUUUAAUUAAUACACGUGUAUCAGUUGUUUAUGUUGAAACAUGGGCACAUGGUAAUCAAAUUGAUGUUCGUGAUGAUGUACGACAAACAUUGCUCAAUUUUAUGGAAUAUGCAUCAAGAAAAUUAUAUAAAAUUACAAUGGAUGCAGCACAUCUUUUAAUAGGCCGUCCAUUUCGUUCGGGUGAAGUUGGUAUGGCCGUACCGGAUAGUAUUUGUACAGCAAAAGCAGUCGGUGUUAGCCAAGAUGCAAAUAUUUAUGAACCACAUUUAACAGCAUCAACAGUAACACAUAUGCUUGGUCAUAAUAUCGGUAUGGGACAUGAUGAAGAAACAAAAGAUUCAUUAAUCGUUUCUGGUGGUGCUGCUGCUUCUGUUGGCAGUGGUAGUAAUAUGGUAAAUUUGGAACAUUCACUUGGACUUACUGGAUCAACAUCAUCCGUAAGCAUGGGAGGAACAUGUAAAUGUAAUGAUUGGUGGGGAUGUAUAAUGGCUAAAAAUAUUUUAAAUGAUGAUCGUAUGCAACCAUAUCAUUUUAGUAAAUGUUCAUUGGAUGAUUAUAAUAAUGCCUUACAAAUUGGUCAUGGUAUUUGUUUGUUUAAUAAACCAAAUCAAUUGGAAGAUUUUCGUUCAUGUGGUAAUGGUAUUAUUGAAGAUGAAGAAGAAUGUGAUUGUGGAUCAUUUCAAGAAUGUAGCCAAAAAGAUCCAUGCUGUGAUCCAAUUACAUGUAAAUUACGUGUUGAAGCUGAAUGUUCAAAUGGUGCUUGUUGUAUUGAUUGUAAGCUAAAACCAAUGGGACAUGUUUGCCGUAUGGCUGUCGAUGAAUGUGAUCUAGCCGAACGUUGUGAUGGUCAUAAUGGUGAGUGUCCACCAGAUGUUUAUAAAAAAAAUGGCCAAACAUGUAAUGAUGGCAAUGGUUUCUGUUAUAAUGGUGAAUGUCCAAUAUUAAAUCGACAAUGUUCAAUAUUAUGGGGUGAAAAUUCUAAAGCAUCUGAAUCUAUUUGUUAUAAACAAUUUAAUGCACAAGGAACAAUACGUGGUAAUUGUGGUGUUGAUACAAAUGGACAACAUUUAAAAUGUACUGAAGAGAAUGUAAUGUGCGGUUCAUUACAAUGUCAAUUUGGUAAUCAGGUACCAUUGUUUAAGGCAAAAAAUCAAGAAUAUUCACGUACAAUGGUUUAUACUGGUGGUAUUGAAUUUGAAUGUAAAGUUGCAAGUGGUUCAAUUCGUGAUGAUAUUAUCAAUAUGGGCCUGAUACAAGAUGGUACAAAAUGUUCAGAUAAUAAGAUUUGUAUAAAUCAAACAUGUACAUUAUUAAUGGAUAUAAUUGGAGAAACUGAUGGUGUUAGUGGUGGUUGUCCAAAAAAUAUUAUCGGUGAAAUAUGUUCCGGUCAUGGUCAAUGUUCAAAUUUAAAUACCUGUACAUGUGAUAUUGGAUGGAUGGGUAUUGAUUGUAAUCAUCGUUUAACCGAUGCUGAAUUAGCAUCAAUUCGUCUAACUGAUUUAGAUGGUUUGAAUAGUAUUAAUAAUAAAAAUGAUCUAUUAAUACCACCAUUAUUAUCGACACCUGUAGUUGGAAUUAAUUCAUCCAGCGAUGAACCAAAUAUAAAUUUUACAACAUUUAUGGAUAAUCUAUUCAGCCAGACAAGUCGUAAUAUUAAAGAAUAUGACAGUAAAAAUAGUUCAUUAUCAGCUGCACAAUCGGCAUUAAUAUUGGUAUCAAUUGUUGGUGGUGUAUUUAUAUUUUUUGCCUUAAUGGCAAUGUGUUAUCGACGACGAAGUUUAAUGCCAGGUAAAACCGAACGGCAUAUGUUAAAGAAGCAGAUGCAAAUAAAUGCUGCUGCUGCUGCUGCACAUCGUGAUUCAUCAUUCAAUGGUCUUCCAUCAUUACCACCACAUAUUUCCUGUUAUGAUGAUAAUAAUAAUGGUAGUAGUGGUAAUCUUUUUAGUUCAUUACCAGGAUAUCAUCCAUCACCUGAUGAUUUAUCCGGUUUAACAACUGGAUCACAUACAAAUUCAAUGCCAAGAAUUAUUAAAUUUGGUUCAAUGCCUUCAUAUCGUGAAGAUAAAAUGAUGGAAAUGAAACAGCAACAAAAACAAUCAACAUUACCAUCAUUACCGAUUGGUUUAACAGGAAUGACCAUUGGUCAACAACAACAACAACAUUCAUCAUCAACACCAUCAUCAACACAACAUCAUCUUUAUUUAAAAGAUAAUCGUAAAGAUUCGGCAACAUCACCAGUUGAUCCAGCAUUAAUGGAUCAAGAUGAUGAACUUUUAUUGAUUGAUGAAAGAAAUAUUGGUGGUGGUAGUGGUGGUGGAUCAACUGCAACUACACAUCGUUUUAUUGAAUUAUCACCAAAUAAUCUUCCAAAAUUAUCCUGUAAAGAUAAACAACAUCAACAACAACAACAACAACAACGUUGGGCAUCAAUACUAAGUCAGGCAAAUUUACCGUUUGGUGAUUUACCAGCUGCUGUUGCUGCAGCAAUGGUAUCAUCAAAUGAUUCACUUGUAAAUCCUAUGACUGGAAGUGUUAAUGUUGGUGUUCAAUCACAAUCACAGCAACAACAACAACAACCACAAACAACUGGAUUAAUAUCAUUACCACCACCGCCACCACCUCCUUCACAAUCAUUACAACAACAACAAUCAUCAACCGGAACAACAACAUUAUUACAACAAGAACAAGAAUUAAGACAUUCAAGACAUUCAUUACAUAGACAAUCAUCAACAACAACAACAACUAAUGAUGAUUCAGCUGGUUCUGAAUCACCAUUAACCGAAGUUGAAAGAACAUUAAAAAAUUUAAAUGGUUAUCAUGAAGAUAUUCUUGAAGCAUUACAAACAGCUCAACGACAACAACAACAACAUGUUCGUGUUACAACAACCGGAAGUGAUAGUGUUACUGGUACUGUGAUUAGUGCUUCCAAUAUCUGUGGUAGUGGUGUUGGUGUUGGUAACAGUAAUAAUAAUAAUAAUGAUGUUUGUGUUGGUGCUGGAACAGGAAAUAUAUCACCCGGUGGAUUAUUAAGACAAUCACAAUUAAUUGGUCAUCAUCGUUCACAUCAUCAACAACAACAACAACAUCAUAGUAGUUUACAUCAUCCUCAUCAUCAUCAACAUCAUCGUAGUAGUCAUGGUGGUGGUCAUCAUAUGGAUUUGAAAAAAACAUUAUUCGAUUCUGAUUAUGGAAGUGGUUUGAUGAAGAUUAAUGAACAAUUUCAAAAAAUUACGCCUACUGGUGGUGCUGUUGAUAUAUCGAACGAUCUUCAUGGUCCUCAUCAUACAUCAUCAACAUCUGUAUCCGCAAAUGUUAUUCCAGGAAGUGGAACGGCUAAUGUUGGUGCUGGCUCAUCAUCAACAAUAAAAAUUCGUAAUCUAGCACAUCUUUUACAACAAUUAGAUGAACUUGGUGGUGGUGGUUCAGCACCAGCAUCCGCACCUGGUGGCCUUUCAACAACAUCCGGUGGUAAUCAAGGUGGUGGUACAGGUGCAGGAGGAGGAGGUACGGUUGCUACUACUGAUAGUUCAGAUUUAUAUAGUGGUAUUGGUGGUGGUGGGGGUAGUAUUACUAGUGCUGGUGGUAAUUCAUUAUCACGACCAUCAAAUCAAUCUUCACAAUUAAAAUUUGAUCUUGAUUAUUAUAUGGGAACAAAUUUACAAGGUUUUGUUAAACAAACAGCUCGAAUGAUACCACCACCGCCACCACCAUCUUCAACAACUUGUAGAACACGAUCAACUAAUUAUAAUCCAUAUACAUCAACAACGGCACCAACAUCAUCAUCAUAUUUUGCAACAUUACCACCAAUGUCACCAUCGACAACAACAUCAACAACAACAUCGACUACAGCACGUGAAGAUGAUAUGAUUGAUUGUAUUGCUACCGGAAAUGAUAUGAGUGAUAGUGGUGGUGGUUGUAGUAAUCAACAUAAUGGAAAUAGUAUUGGUAUUAAUCGAAACAAUAAUAGUGGUGGUGGUGGUGAUCGAAGACAUCGUCGUCGUCGUCGUAUGAAUCGUUGUAAUCUGAUGGAUGGUUCUUCCGAUGAUGUUGAUGAUGAUGAUAAUAAUGAUGAUGAUAUUGAUGACGAAGAUGAUGAUGAUGUUGAUGUUUGUAGUGAUGAAGAUGAUGAUGAUUAUGAUUAUGAAGAAAAUGGUAGUGCAUUCGAUUCCGAUCUAAAUGCCGAUAUAAAUUCACAAUUUUCUGGUUUCAAUAAUUUAAUAAUGUCGAUGACAAAUGAUACUGGUGGUAUAAUCGAUAAUAAUAAUGGUGUCAGCGGUGGUGGUGGUGGUAGUUUUGGUGUCAAUUUUUUAUUCAAUAAUAAUCAACAACAAUUUCAACAACUUGAUGGUGGCAGUAUCGGAAGCAAUAAUGGUCUUAAUUCAUUAACACGAAGUGCAAGUGAAGAGGCACUUCCUUGUUCAAUACGUCGUUCGAAUCGUCAAUCAUUGCCCAUUCAACUCCCACAACGAUUAUCACAACAAUUACUUCCGCAAUUACAUCAACAACGUCGUCAACAUCACCAACAGCAACAACAACAACAACAGGAGCAACAAGAUUAUUCAAUCCAUAUGGGUGCAGAACAAUUUUCACAAAUGAAUCCAUUUCCAUAUCCGAUGACGAUGACAGCAGCAGUAAAUUUAAUACAGCAGCAACAACAACAACAACAGCAAACAGCGCCGAACAAUUAUUGUACAUUACCACGACAUUGGCUCGAAGAGAUGGCCCGACAAUAUCAUUUUCAACAAUUAAUACAACAAACACGUGCUCAACAACAACAACAACAGCAACAACAAUCAACAAUGCAAUCAUCAGUCACAGCAACAACAACAACAACACCGACGAUGACCGGUCAACAGCAAUAACAUCAACAUUACCAUCAUUGAAACAAUCACGAUUCAUAGUAACACCUGUACCAGAAGAAGAAAUAUUUGAUAAUAUAAUUACAAC